CGUCAAUUCAACGAAUAAGCGUGUCGUACUGUCGUCGCUGAUUUCUUUCGCUUUCCCGCUUUUCUGCAUUCAGACGAUUUAUCCGUCUGUCCUUGGUCGACUCUUCAAGCUUAUUUGUGGAACAGGAUUUACUUAUUUAUGGCGUCUUCUAAUUCUCAAUAUGGAUCCUCCGGUGGAUAUGGACAGCCAUCUUAUGGUGCAUCUGGUGGACAGGGAUAUGGACAAUCUAAUUACUCUCAAAGCGGGGGUGGCACUCAAGGUUAUGGUCAGCAGGGCUAUGGAUCAGCUGGUGGGCAACAAAGCGGAGGCGCAGGCGGAGUGACUAGUGCCCAAGGAUAUGGUUCAAGCUAUCAGCAACAGGGUGGUUAUGGCAGCUAUGGAUCGAACAACCAAUCUGGAGGCCAGGGUUAUGGACAACAGCCGACUGGAGCUGCACCUGCUGCUGCUGCUGCUUCUGCUAGUGGUAGUAGUAGUUAUGGUGGUCAGAAAAACAAUAGCGGCUACCAACAAGGUGGAGCCAGUGGACAGCAAUCUGGACAACAGCAAGGUGGUGGAUAUGGUGGUCAGCAACAACAGAGUGGUUACAGUGGACAGCAAGGUGGUUAUGGUGGACCACAACAAGGUGGUUAUGGUGGUCAGCAGCAAGGUGGCUAUGGUGGACAGCAGCAAGGAGGAUAUGGGGGAGGCCAUCGUGGUGGACAACAGCAGUCUCAGCAAUCGUAUGGAUCUGGUGGAAAUUCAGGUGGCAGUGGGAGCUACGGCCAGUCUGGCGGAGGUAGCAGAAAUCAAUCAUAUGGCCAACGGGACAGUGGCUCUGGGGGAGGUUCACAGUCUUAUGGUCAGCAAGGUGGUGGGGGAGGAGGCGGCUACAGAAAUGAUCAGUCUGGUGGUGGAAACUACGGUGGAGACCAGGGUCCCAAUAACUAUAAUCAAAGUCAACAGGGGCCCAUGGGGCAAUAUGGAAAUAAGAACCAGGGUUAUCAAGAUAGAGGGUAUGGUUCUGGUGGCGGAGGUGGUAGAGGAUAUGACAGUAGGGGGGGUGGACGAGGAAGCAGAUUUGAUCAAGGUGGUGGAAGAGAUGGUGGUGGUCGUGGUAGAGGUGGUGGUGAUCGUGACAGAGAUAGCAGUGGAUAUGGUGGUCGAGGUGGCUCGCGUUCUUCAGAUUAUGGAAAUGAAUCACGUGGACGAGGAGGUGGCGGCGGACAAAGUGACUACAAACCUCGUGGUGGAGGUGCCGGAGGUGGAUAUCAACCAAGAUCGGAGGAAGCUGGUCCUGAAAGUGACACAGUUUUUGUAUCUGGCCUUCCAGAUGGUGCUGACAAGAUGAAGAUUGCAGAAUAUUUUGGCCAAAUUGGCAUCGUAAAGAAAGACAGACGGACUGGAGAGCCCAAAAUCUAUGUUUAUAUGGACAAAGAAACAGGAGCUCCGAAGGGUGAAUGUACUGUCACAUAUGAUGAUCCACCAUCAGCCAAGGCAGCCAUAAACUGGUUCAAUGGCAAAGACUGGUUGGGUGGCACUCUCAGUGUUAGCUUCGCACAACAAAGACAAGGUGGAUUUGGUGCCGGAAGAGGUUUCGGAGGUGGAGGUGGAGGCGGAGGCGGAGGAAGAGGCAGAGGAGGUGGUGGCUUCAGAGGUCGAGGUGGAGACAGAAGAGGGGGUUUUGGAGAUCGAGGAGGAGGUGGGCGAUAUGGAGGCGGAGACAGAUAUGGGGAUAGAGGUGGAAGAGGCGACAGUGGCUAUGGAGGUGGACGAGGUGGUGGGUACGGUGACAGAGGUGGAAGAGGACGAGGUGGUGAUAGGGGCGGUGGAAAAUGGAGAGGACCACCACGAGGGGGAAGAUCAGACCCAUAUUGAUUCUUGGUAUUUGACAAAACUCAAUGAAACCUUACCACAGCCGCACUCCAAUACCAGUUUAUACAUUGAAUAUUCAGUGAACAAAGUGCGCGAGUGUUUUGCUGUUUUCUAUCUUAUGUAUUUUGCUUUUUAUAAU